AUGACUACUUCAACAGCGCUUUUCCUUACAAUCAGCAUCUUGGCCAUUUUUUUGAAAUCAUCAGAGUCAAAGCCUAUCGAAGUUAACAGCCAUGACAAAUCUAUGGAACUGGUGAUGGUUACGGGGGUAAGACUUUAAAUUACCGGGACAAAGUGGCCUAGAAAGCAGUGAGAAUUAAAUAGCAUGCCUUGUAGUGCUUUUUUUGCAAAUUAAUCACAGUUUUUUGUAGCUAUGGCGCCACGGCACACGAGCACCCGACAUGGACUUUCCAUACAACUUGUACCCCAAUGAUUACUGGAAAAACGGCCUUAAUCAGCUGACUGAUGUAAGAAACUUUGUAAAUAUACAUACUAUCAGUCUGUCGGAAAAAUAAUGAGCACUCUGUCGCAUCAAAAAUCGUAUGACCUCCAAUGAAUUGUGUUGUGGCAAAAUCAAACUUCUUUUCACUUCAGCGACGCGGUCGGUGCAGUGAUAAGCUCAUUAUUUUCCCGACAGACUGAUAGCACAGAUUUCCCAGACACUGAAAGACUUCAUACUCAUUGCUGUUUCAGUAUGGAAUCCAACAACAACGAGAACUUGGUGCUUUCAUCCGCCAACGCUACGUGAAGCAGCUCAAGUUCUUGCCCGCCGAACUCUCAACUUCUGUCAUCAAAGUGGAGUCUUCAACGGCCAACCGAACACAACAAUCCGCAUUGCACAACUUCCGAGGGAUCUUCAACGACGACUCUUUAACGUUAAAGGCGAUUGACAUUGAGUGGCCAAAAGUCAACGAGCCGAACAUUGUUGGGUAUCCCUACUACAACGCCUGUGCGUACGUUGAGAAGUUGGAGAAAUAUGUGUCGAAAAAUGAGGCAUUCAACAAUUUCAUGGAUACUAAUGUAAGUCCAUAAACUACUAGAUAUAUACAUGUAUAUACUGUAAUACUAUUAUCAAACAUAUGCGAUGACUAUUUUAGGAAUGGUUUAAAAAGCUGUCGCCAACGCGAAGUAUCCUUCAUUCGUUUGACUUUGCCGAUCCACUUUAUGUUGAGGUAAGGGCUUUGAAUCACUUUUUUCCAAUAGUUUCCGCCGUUACCUCUGCGACUGACAUUGCUAUCUUGCCAAAAAAAAUUUUAUAACAGACUCUAAUAUUAGAAUUUUCAUAAAUUGCGUUAACUUUUUUACGUCAUUUUUUUGCACCGCGCUAUGCAGAUUUUAUAAAAAUGCUAUUAAAAUGAUGAUCCAUAAUAAAAUGAUCCAAAUUUCUGAUCUGAUAUGUUCAAUACUACUCGUACGACUGACUUACACUUAACGUAUUUGUAAUUACUCUCGCUUUAGAAGCGUCAAAACCUCUCCUUGGCCCAGGUCUACGAACAAAACUGGACUCAAAUCUUCCACGCCUACGUUCAGUCGCUAAGAUUUUUCUACGGAAUCGGUAAGCCUUCUUUUUUUGCAACUUCCAUGGUAACUCCUUCGAUCUUAUUUGGUUGCUAUUUCAGACCUCAAUGACCAAAAGGUUGACCUUCACGAAAAGCUCGUUCAAUAUCACGCUGGCCGAGUUUUAACCGCACUUAGCGAUAUGUUCAACUCAAAAAAGCGAUGCCGGUCGAAUGCAAAUAGUCUCAUGGAUGACAGCGUUGAAUGCGAAGACAUUGACGCGCUGAAAUUCAAGGCGUUUUCUUUGGUAUGUCAUUCAUUCUACAGCUCUCUAAAGUUCCCCUUCAUAGCUGCCUCGUUUUGUUCAGUCCGUCGGGAAAAUAAUGAGCACAGUGUCGCAUCGAACAUCGCACCGCCGCCGAGGAAAUGAACUGUAUCGCGAUUGGCUCCGCGACAUUGUACUCGUUAUUUUCCCGAUAAACUAAUAGUAAUUUUCUUUUAGCAUGACACUUACAUUCUCGGCUCCCUCUUCGCCAUGGGCUUCAAGAAUCUGGACUAUAACCGAGAAGACAACUGUGAGAUGGCUUCGGCCUUGUUCUGGGAGCUGUGGGAAGACAGGACGACCGGCGACUACUACGUCCGCGUGAUUUAUCGACGAAAUGUCGACGAGCUCUACGAUAUUACAGCGGACAUCGAGGGCUGUCAAUGGAAUCGACAGGGCUGUCCGAUCGAAUACUUCUUCGACAAGAUAAAGCCAUAUCUGGUACCGGACAGCAAAGAAUACUGCUCACAAUCCAUUUGA